AAAACAUAUUCAUACAGAAGGUCUUUUUCGGAGGCAUUUGUUCAAGAUUCCUUUUCUACAAAUAAUAUUUGUACUUCAUUUUUGAAUUCCAAAGAAUUACAGUGUUUAUCCGCCAUGAAGUUCAUUGUUUUAGUGGUGUUGUCCUUCCUUUUCACAGACUUGCAAGCUGUUGAAGAUACCUUUCACAGCCAGUAUUUGUCAUGGGUAGCAGAAUAUAAGAACAGUAAAGUUCCCCCGGUUUAUUGUCCAGCCUGUCUUACUAAUGCUGAAAGGAAAUCCAAUGCUAAAAUUUUUGCCACAUAUAGUCAGGAUGAAAGGGAUGCAGUUGUUCUCGUCAAUCUCUAUACGCAGGAUAUGGGAGGGGAUUCCUCAAAGCAGAUCUACAGAAACCUUAAUGCACAACUGCGAGAGGGAAAUCCUAAGUCGUUGAUUAACAACUUUGCAAAUCUUUUAAAUAAAGCAAUUUCAAUACUCUCUUCAAAAUCUAAGGUAGACUGUUACAAUCGAGUGUUUAGAGGUAUGAAAUGUUGUGAUGAAAUAAACACGAACAAAAAUAUUCAUAUUUUCCCAGAAUUUUUAAGUACAAGCCGCGAAGUAAGCAAAGCUUUUCAAUUUGGCUUCUGUGAUGGUGUUUGCCAAGUACUCGUUGUCUUUAGAAAUGUUCCAGUUAGUCAUGGUUUGAGUAUUUCUGCAUAUUCUGCCUUUUUGGAGGAAGACGAAGUUUUGCUGAAAAGUAACACAAGACUACAUAUUUCCAAAAACUACAAUGUAACUGCAACUCCAGGAGACGAACAAAAAAUACAAACUGAAUUGAAAAACAUUAACUUCCCUUUAGACGGAAAAGUAAAGGUUUUCAUAGAAGGAUAUCCUGAUGCAGCCGUUAAGGCUAAAUGCGCAUCAAUUUCCUCUGGAACAGUCCUUUCUGCAUCAUGGGCGUUUCUUGCUAUCACAUUUUUCCCUGCAAGUUUCAUCGGCCAAUGAAUUACAAAUGAAUUUUGAAUUUUUCGUUUGUGUUCUUACUUAGUAAUUUCAUAUUUUAUGUAGAAUGUUGCUUUAUAUCACUGAGGGAGUUAACAAGCAAGAAUCUGUUACCCAAAGAACAGAUAUUCUCCUCGGACUAAGACAAAAGAAAUGGACAUAUCGAUACCAAUCAUGCUAGGCUUCUUCACUGUUUACAGAAAAUGUUCGCAAUUGCUGUCUGUCAGACCAGGCGAAAGUGUGUUCGAUCUGUUUUACUUUGCAUUUUGUGUGAUAUCGAAGGCGGGUGAGAUACCAUGAACGUAAGGACAGUGGCGAAUUAAGUAAAUUUAGGUAAAAAGCAAGCAUGAAUAUGAUAUUCAUUAUUUAAUGAUAGAUAUUCUAGAUUAUGCAAGUCAUGGUUCGUUAGGCAGGAACGGGUCAAAAAGAGGGUCACAGUUUAAUAUUUAAAAAUCGCAGGGAAAAAAAAUUACAAAGAAUUAAGUCAUUCUAGUAAGUAAAUACAUACCCUCAUGUAGUAUAGAUUCAAGUAUCUUCAAAAGUAUUGUCCAUGGGGCAUUAAUGAAACAUCAAAAAACCAUUGUUGAUGCUGAAUAAUUUUAAAAAGGAAUAGUUUGUUAUGAUUGCUGGCGAACUUUGAAUAUUUAAUGACUAUAAACGUUGAAAUAUACAUGUAUAUGAAUAUUGAUGAGACUACUGCUGUAUGAUGAUUUGUGAACUUUGUUGGGGUCUGCACUUUUGUAAUGUAUACUGGCUCAUUCAUGUGUUGUUUGUGUGAGAUAACAAUGAUUCUUUUAAA